AUGCCUCUCACGACUGCGAACCCCGCUGAGACUCCCAACCAUCAUUCAAUCAACCUCAACUCGUCCUGUGUGGAGGCAACCAAUGCAGACUCUUCGCUUGAUGAACCAGAGGAUCUGCGUUUGUCACACUUUGAGAACGAGUGGUACGCCAAAACUUCUGAGGAUUAUAUCCUCGGCCCUAUGCCCACCGCACAAUUCCUGGACUUCCUACCAAUGAAGAACAUGGCGCGGAUGCCGACAGCGUGUGGCGCAUUCAACCAUCUGGACGAAUGGGACAUGGCAUCUGGAUUGCGCCACUCCAUCAAUAGCCACAAUCGCUGCCCAGGAUUUGUAUUUCAGUAUAACGACCCCGAAGAUGAAGAAGACCAACCCGCGCUUAUCAUGAGGAUGAACAGCGAUGACGACGACGUUCCUAGAGAAUACUGUGAGCUCUUCAUCGACAUACAGAAGGACGAACAUGGAGAUUUUCUCUGUGACCCUCCGCCAAGCGUGGACGGCGCCCGCCAUGACUUCCUCCGCAUCCUCGGCCAUGUCCACAAAUCCAAACGCCAAAAGGCGCGACAGGAAUUCGGCAGGAAUGUUUGCUGGGCCACUGAUGCCCUGGUGAACCAACACCGCCUACAUUAUUUCUCCGUGGCGAUCCAUGGAACCUCAGCACGACUCCUUCGAUGGGACCCUAGUGGACUGGUUGCAUCAGCGGCAUUCGACCUUCAUGAGAAGCCAGAGAUUUUGUGCGAGUUCCUCUGGAGGUUCGCCCACGCAUCUACAGUCGAGAGAGGUUACGACCCGACGGUCGAGCCAGCUUCUAAAAAUGAGGAGUACCGCUUCAAGACGGUGCUCUCUCACUAUCUUUGCGUGCAAUUGGGUCUUUCCCUCAGAAACGACUCGCUCGACAGCCUCUCCGACAGCGACCGUAUUAUUCUCCAAAAUUCCAUCGACAAGCACUACGAUCCUGGGCACGUGGCUGCUGUUAGCAUCGUUGAAAAGGCGGAUAAAGCUGGCGUGCGUCAACUCAAGCGCUGCUUGGUGUGCAGGCCGGUCUCCACGUACGCCUCUAUGCGGAGAGGCUGUAUGCGUGGAUUCUGGGGAGUCGUCGAUCGCGCCAUCGUCUUUCUCAAGGACACAUGGCGUGAAUGGUCACUCACCGACCAAUGUGAAGGAGACGUUCUCGAGGAACUUCACAAAGCAGGCGUCAGGCAUAUUCCUCAGUUUUCUGGGAUGGCCACCUUCCAGCGGACAACGCGGAGUAGGAGCAACGCGUUGAUGAACACGCCAGCGUUUCAACGAACUCAGACUGAUAGAUACCGAAUGGCGGAGUGGUUAUGCCGCAGCGACCGCCAAAUAUUGGUACGCUCGCGCGUUCACUACCGACUGAUACUUACCACGGUCGGCCUUCCGCUGCAAGACAUACGGGGCACAGAGGAGCUCCUCCACGCAACUUACGAUGUAUAUGAAAGUAUCAUCGACGCAAGGGUCAAGGCAAAGGUGUUCCACCGUGAUAUCAGCAUAGGUAAUGUCUUGCUUUUCAAGGAGCCCGGUGAAGACAUUCGCCAUGGGUACCUUAUCGACUGGGAGCUAUCGUCGCAUAUCAGAGAUGAUGGGCUAUCCGAGAGUGACUGGACAGUCGGCACCCAAGCUUUCAUGUCUCACCGUCUAGAUACAGGGAACGGCAGGCUGCGACACACCAUCGAAGAUGACAUGGAGUCUCUGCUCUACGUUGUCCUGUAUUGUGGCCUGCACUGGCUUCCUCAUGAGCUCGAUGCAGACAAGGCAGUCCAGGCAAUAUUUUUCAACCGCGAGGUGGUCUCCCGCAAUGAGAGUGGCCGAACGGAACUCCGGUCGAUGGAACCAGGCGAGGGUAAAUUGCAAAAUAAGAAGAAUCGGAAGUACGUCGACCCAUCCCGGUUUGCUGAGCCGUUCGGUGUUUGGCUGGAGACUUCGAUGAACUACAACCACCCCCGUGAGGAAGAGGAUUCGUCAGCGUCAAAUGCCGUCUCCGCGCGCGAAAAUGGUGAUUGCUCCGAUGCGGCAGUUUCUCCAAAUCCCUGUGAGGGUAACUGGGAUGGCCCAACACCGUGGAAGCUAUACUGGGAGCAGUACAAAGCCAACGAAUACUUGCCCAAGAAUGACAAGAAGCCUCAUUUCAACAAGUACGAUGAAUCAGAAGCCAAGCCCAAGGAUGUGACGAGGGUGGUCGUGCACCGAGCAGGGAUACCACCGAACAAACGGAAGGCCCGUCACCAGCGCGAGCCGGCGGAUGGUGAUCUGAUGCAUAGGGACGGAGAACCGGCGAAUGGCAGGCCAGCGAAACGUGCGAGGAUAUCAGCAAGGUAG